AGCAGACACGGCCGAAGCCCCGGCAACCCCGGGGGGAUGCUGGCGCAGGUGCUGCUGGCACAGCACUGCCCUGCCCGCUGCCCAGGGGUCCCUCCGUGCUGGGUGGGCAUCACCGGUGCAUCACCGCGUCUUCGCCUGCUCGUGGGUUUGGCGGUGCGACGUGGGGACCCCACCAGUGCGGCUGGGUAGGUGGGAUGAUCCUCACCGGGGUCCCCAAGCAGCGGAGCGUGGCCGCAGGGCUACUGGGGGGGCAUCCACCGCAGGGCUGCGGGGCUCGGCUUGGUGGGGACCAUCCCGCACCGAUGCUGCACCGGGAAGAGCCCGCUGGCUUCUCCCAAGGGCAUCUCCAGGAACGCAGCCAGCCACUCCCCUGCUCCUUCCAUUAACAGAAGCGUCAUUAAGUGGUACAGAAGGCAAUGCUUUACUCCUUCGCCGCCCCUCCCACCAGCCCCUUUUACCAUCUGAAGUGAAGGUGGCACUUUGCCCCACACACUGUGCCAGCAGCUGCUUUGGUGCUCCCAGGGCUGAGCAGCCCUGUGGUGCUGGACUGGGGUCUGACCCAGCUGCGAUGGGGCUGGAGACGAGGGGCUGCCCCCCAAGGGAGCCCUGGCCUCCCCGCUCCAUCGCUGCAUGUGGCAGGAGGAGAGGCUGGCCAGCAUGGGGUCGGCUCGGUGGCACUGUGAGCGUGCCUGUCCCGGCAAUGUGGCACCGCCGGCACUGCCGAGCCCGAGCCACAGGUGGGUUUUGGCUGCCAGCACGGCCAGGCACAGCCACGCACCCGAGCCAUGGGGCACGUCGGGUGUGAGCGGCUCCCGGGGCCGGCAGGCAGGAGCCAGCUCACCCCUCACUGCCGCCCGUCUCUGUCACCCAGCCCCGUUUCAGGGCUCCUGCCCCAAGAGUCCGUGUUUCAGUCCUGCCACAGCCGAGCUCCGACCCUGCCGCCGUGGGGUCCGCAGGAGGGCUGCGUCCGCCUUGGGGGACCAGCUGUGCUCCUCAGUGGCCCCCGAUUGUCCCGCUGGUGGUGCGGGACCUGUCACCACAGGGCGAGGGUCGGCCACGGGCGGAGACAGCGAUGCCAGCGUUGCUAAAGCAGCGGCGCAUCCCUGGGCUUUUAGCAAAGCGGCCAUGAAUAAUUUAGAUCCCCUUCACAAGGAAGAAAAUCCCCUAAUAGGGCUAAUGGAGCGCGGCGAGAAAGCUGGGCUCUGGGGGGGCCCGUCGCAGCCGCCAAUUGCUUUGGACGCCAGACACCGACACUCCCCUAAUGCAAAAAACCCGGCAGCCUCACAUCUCUUAUAGCUGCCCCAGGGCAGCCCGGCUGCCCAGAGCUUUGGUGCUGGUGAGCAGCAUCCCCGGCGCACGGGUGAGUCGGGGCCGGCAGCGCGGGCGGCGAGCGGGGACGGGCGCAGCUGGCGGUGCAGCCCGCGGCGGGCGGCAGGGAGGAUUUGCUGUGCGGGGUGACUCAGGAUUCGGUGGCUUGGGGAGGUUUUCGUUUUGGGGUUUGGGGUCUUUUUGGUUUUAGGCAGGCUGUCACCAACAAGUUCUCAGCUUGGCAAGCCGGGCUGAAAAGACGCCUUUCCAAGCAGCUACCCUGCGCACCCGACUGUCACCCACUUGUUGUGCCCCUGACGCACGCUAACAGUCCGCUGUUAUCCCGCAGAGCCUGUGUCCUGUCCCCAUCCCCACUCCUCCCCACAAAACAGCCUCUCCCGCUUGGGCACGGUGCUGCUUGGGCUCCGGCAGCUCCUGCAGACCCUGCUGCUUCUCAUCCCUCUGCUAACAAACGGCCCUCAGACAAAGCCGCUGCCUCCACGCUCUCCCUGCCGCCCCGUAACAUUGCUCAGCCAAAAACUAGAGAGGUGUCAGAGUGGGGCGGCUGGUGGAUUCCCACCCUGUUCCUCAAAGCAGACCAGACCAGACGCCCCAGCCGCACUUGCUGCAAUAAUUUCAUUGCAGCACGGUGAGGUCGUAGAGCAGCGGCACAGCUGGCUCGGACUUUUCCCUGCCAUUGUUGGUUGAGGGGAUCCCAGCGGGGGCAAGGGGAUCCCACCGGGGCUGGGUGCUGCACCCGUGCCCAGCAGGAACCACCAGCUCUGCCCUAAUUAAAACCACCAGCUGUGGAGAAGGGCUGGUACCAAUGGUGACAGCUCCAGACUUCAGCUUUGAGGCACGGCAGGAAGAGGAGGCUGGUGGCCAGGGUUCAGUUUAGCUUUGCUGCAGGAGAGGGGUCCGCUUUGCCCAUCUCUCUGUGUUCCCAAGCCCUUGCUGCGGAGCAGGAGGAGUGUGGGAGGGUCUCCAGCAGCGUUGGGUAUCGCAGGAGCUCCCCAGGGUUUCGGUCACCCCUUGCCAGCUGCUGCUCUGUAUCUUCUGGGUUUUCUUUUUCCUUGACGUCACACCUCAGUGGGAAAGUGCACUUUGGUUCUGGCUCCUGCUACCGUAAAUGUGAGCUUCACAGGGAAACAAAAAACCACCGGUGGGAGCCUGGCUGGAGCCUGAUGCCAGUGCAGCUCCAGCACGGUGCACUCCCAGCUCCAGCGGCCACUUCGGCACCAGCACCGUGGUUUUGGCCUCGGUUCCUGCUCCUUCUCUCAGGCACUGAGUGCAAGGGACGCUGCAGAGCACAGCAGGGAAAUCGAUGCCGGUGCCACAGCCGGUGAGAUCUCAGCCAUAGAGGCGGCGAGCACCUCCAGCGCGUAAGGAGCCCGUUCUGCGGCAGGCUAUUUUCGGCAGCCUGUACCGGCUGGGAGGUCGCUGCCGCGGCUGCGGGGAAGGUGUUGGCUGGCAACACAGGUUGCGGCAGCUUGCCGCAGGCACGGCAGCCACCGGCAAGCACCCAGCACCCACAGCCCCUCUGCAGAUGCCCACCCCCCCCAGGGGACGCCCACAGGGGCACCUUUCCCGUCCUGACCUCUUCCACUCGCUGGCACACGGUGCCGGAUUCUCACCGGCGGCACUUGUGCCACCACUCACCGGGUCCCACCAGCUCCCACAGCCCUCGCAGGGAUGCAAACCAGUGGCAGCCCAGCUGGUGCGAGCUGGGAGGCAGCGGGGCCAGGGCUUGUGCCAGGCUGCAGCAGCUCGCCGGGCUCGGGGUGGCCGUGGCGGGCACCCGCUGCAGCCCCAGCUCCCGUCGCCGCCCAGCCACAGGCAGCGCCGCAUCCUGCCCUGCCGCGCUGCCGCCCUCUCCCUCCCCUCACUCUCCGGCUCCCCCGCCAAGGCUUUGCUCCGCUGAAGUGACUGGCUUUGCCAGGGUCCCUGCUCUCCUCACGCCACAGACCCACCGCAGGUCCUUGCAAGGGUGGGUGCCACCACUCCGGCAUCACGGCGCGGGCACAGCUCUGCCCCGUGCCGUGACGGAGCCCGGUGUUGCAGCGGGGCGCUUUCCCAGCUCUCUCCGUAGCGUCGCUGAGGGGUCGGCAGCGGGGCUGGCCCGCAGGGCCCACUCUGGGGCGGCGGGAUGCUCUCCAUGACGUACAGCGAGAGCCUGCGCAGCGUGGCCAGCCGGCACCCCCCAGAGUGGGGGCUGCCGCCAGCCCCCCGGCCAGCGGACGGGCUGGAGCUGCGGCGGCUGCGGGACGUGCGGGCAGCGGCGCGGGCGAAGACGCUGGAGGAGUUCCUGCGGAUGCACGGGCUCUCCAUGGCCGACAGCACCGCCCGCGCCACUGGCAUGAAGUACAGGUGAGGCAGCGCCGGCGGCGGACGCGGCGAGGGCUGAGCACACCCAGCCCGAGAUGCGGGGACGGAGCGGGGGAUGCUGCUUAGCGCUGGUUUUACACCGCAUUGGGGAAAAGCCCGGCUUUCACCGAUUUCCCUGUGCCGCGCCAAGGUCGGGAGGAGCUGGCGCCCUCGGCACAGUCUCGCGCGGGGCGGGCAGGAGAGGCUGCAGCAGGUCAGUGCCGUUACCUCUUGCUUGCUCCAUGAUCUUUGAUCUCCUCGCUUGAUUUUUCCCUUUUGUUGUUGGGAAGUUGCAAGUGCAAACGCACUCGGUGCUUUUAAAGAUCAGGCGGUUGGAGCAACCAGCUACAGAGGUGCUUUAUCCGUCUGACGAGCAUUCAUUACAGAGCUCCAUUAAUUUUGCAUGUGUGUCCCGGGCACGGCGCGAGGCAUCUCUGGAUUUCAGCUGACUUUUGUCCUUGUUACCAGCCCGUGCCAGGGAGGACGCGCCAGGAAGCUGGGGCCGUCGGCCGCGGCUCCUCUGAGGGCGCAUGGCUGGUUUUCCCAGCACAUCCCUUCCUGCUCUCCCUCAGCAUCACUGGUGGGGCGAUGGGGUGCAGGGCCAGGCACCCCCAGUAAUCCAGCUGGGGCUUGGACCAGGGGCACUGGGGUUGGGGACGGUGGCUGGUGCCCCCUGUGAAGCCCCAGGGACCGGUGGCUCUGCCGGCUCCUGCCGCGCCGUGCCACACCAUGCCGCGCCAUGGGUCAGGUUCCCCUCUGCUCACAAUGUCAGAGAUAACAUUUACACCAUGGCAAGAGCCCAUCUAAUAUUCAUGGGGCAGUUAUUUAUUGAUGGGGAGAGGCUGGCACAGUCACUCCCAAGGAUGCUCCUUUGGGCAUGUGCCCACUGCCCCCAAAAUUUCUGGGGUUCCUUCUCCACCGGGGAGCUGCUGAUUGGGGCCAGGUCCCCCUCGCCCCGGUGCCAGAGCCAGAGCCAGCGGGAUUACUAGGCUAAGGAGCUUUGUGGCAGAGGGAAGCAGAGGAGAUUACAAGAUUUCUCAUUAGGUCAGGGCUGGACGUGCGUGAUUUCCCCUGCAAGCCAAGCCCCAGCCCCACUCCUUCCUUCUUAUGGAGGGGGGGCACGGUGGGUGCCAGCAGCUGGCACGCAGCCCGGGGCGCAAGAACGGUGCUGUGCCAUGGCCGGCUUGCACCCCUCCUUCAGCAGGAGAUUCUGGGCUGGCGUUUGCCUCAAUCUGCUUAGCUCGCGCUGGGCAAAAUUUGGGGGACUCACUGCUGGGGCCACAGCCCUGAUGGGAGCAACCGGUCCAGCUUCGGCAAAUCUCCAGGCUCUGCCCCCAGGGUGGCCGGCGGCAUCACUGAUCCCCAGGGCUGUGUAUUUGGUGAUGUGCAGGUGCUCCUGCCGGGAGAUUUUUGUUUGGGACUUGCGUCCGCCUGAGAGGAGGGAUGCUGUGCUGCCGCGGCAUGGCUGGAGGGAGCCAAGCGGCCCCUUUGCCCCCGUGGCCUCAGCCCCCCCCCCCCCCCCCCCCCCCCCCCCGCGCCCCAAACCGGGGAAGCUCAGGAAGCAUUGCCUGCAGGGGAUGCCUCGGGGGGUGCCUCCGGGGGGGGGGGACACAGCUGCCUUGGCUCUCCCCUUCCUGCCCCCCACCUGCCCCAGCGCCGCUUGCUCGCUUCCUGAGCUCAUCAAAUAUUGAGGGCAGGAGGGCUGACGGGAGCCGGCUCCGUGCCCGCCGCCUUGCAGCCCCCCGCCGUCACGUUGGCGGAGCAGCGGUGCGCGGGCGUGCGGGAGGAGCUCCCCGCCUCGCCCGGGGCGCCGGCUAAAUUUAGGCAGCUGGCGCGGCUGCCCGCCGGAGCAGCAUGCAGGUCUCCUUUGUGUGCUCCGAGCACAGCAUCAAGAGCCGGAGCGCCGAGGACCGGCUGAACCGACAGAAUGCCGGCAGCCCCAGCCUCGGCACCCGCGGCAAGUUCCGGGCAGUGGCCAUGGUGGCCCGCAGCCUGGGGCAGCUCUCGGUGCAGAACGCCCCCUCCUCCAGCGAGUCCAGCAUCAAGCAGCCGGGGAUGAAAUACCGGAACCUCGGGAAGUCCGGGCUGCGCGUGUCCUGCCUGGGCCUGGGGACAUGGGUGACUUUUGGAGGUCAAAUCACAGACGAGAUGGCGGAGCAGCUGAUGACUUUAGCCUACGACAACGGCAUUAAUCUCUUCGACACAGCAGAAGUCUACGCCGCCGGCAAGGCCGAGGUGGUGCUGGGGAACAUCAUCAAGAAGAAAGGGUGGAGACGGUCCAGCCUGGUGAUCACCACCAAAAUCUUCUGGGGAGGAAAGGCCGAGACGGAGAGGGGCCUGUCCCGAAAGCACAUCAUAGAAGGUCUGAAGGCGUCGCUGGAGCGGCUGCAGCUGGACUACGUGGACGUGGUGUUCGCCAACCGGCCCGACCCCAACACGCCGAUGGAAGGGGACCCAUUUAGUUCCUCCAAGUCCCGGACUUUCAUCGUAGAAGAGACGGUGCGAGCCAUGACCCACGUCAUCAACCAGGGGAUGGCCAUGUACUGGGGGACCUCACGCUGGAGCUCCAUGGAGAUCAUGGAAGCAUACUCGGUGGCGCGGCAGUUCAACCUGAUCCCGCCGAUCUGCGAGCAGGCCGAGUACCACAUGUUCCAGCGGGAGAAGGUGGAGGUGCAGCUCCCCGAGCUCUUCCACAAGAUAGGCGUCGGAGCCAUGACCUGGUCCCCGCUGGCCUGCGGCAUUGUCUCGGGGAAGUACGAUGGGGGGAUCCCCCCCUACUCCCGCGCUUCGCUGAAGGGAUACCAGUGGCUGAAGGACAAGAUCCUGAGCGAGGAGGGCCGGCGGCAGCAGGCGAAGCUGAAGGAGCUGCAGGCCAUCGCCGAGCGCCUGGGCUGCACCCUGCCGCAGCUCGCCAUCGCCUGGUGCCUGCGCAACGAGGGCGUCAGCUCCGUCUUGCUGGGUGCCUCCAACGCCGACCAGCUGAUGGAGAACAUCGGGGCGAUCCAGGUCCUGCCGAAGCUGUCCUCUUCCAUCGUCCACGAGAUCGACAGCAUCCUGGGCAACAAACCCUACAGCAAGAAGGACUACCGAUCCUAAGCGCGCGCGCCCGCCGCGCCGCCCGUUCCGCUUGCUUGCGCUUCGUUGGAGCAAAGUGGGGAGCUGCGGUUCGCGCCGCGAGCGCCCAGAGCCAGCGCUCCCACCCGCGCCUCCACCCCACCCGAGGCAGCCCAGCCAGCGCGUGGGGGAGUGAGCCCCCAAAGCCGGGCGGCCCGCAGUGCGGGGGGGGGGGGGACCCCAGUGCAUGCGUGGGUGCCGUGGCCGGAGGCGGGGGGUGGGGGGUGGGGGCAGCCGCAGGGGUGCGAGCGGGUGCUGUACGCCCACGAGGCCGACAACACGAAGCUGUUCCCCAGCCCCUCGGCUCUGCCCUGCCCGCGUCGCACCCGCCCCCCUGCCCGUACAGGGGGUGGCCCUGCGGGUGGGGGGUCCCCGCCGAGGGGACUGGGCUCUGCGGGGGUCCCAGGGGCAGUGUGUGAGCACAGCCCCCCCCCCCCGGGCCGUACCUGCAGCUCCACCCGGCAGGACCCCCAGCUGUGCUGCCCCACAGACCCAGCCAGAGCUGCACCCCCCGCGGCUGCGAGGGGGGUGCCCACACACCCCCACAGCUCCAGCUGCUGGCAGAGCUGCUGCAGGCCCGUCUCCACCUCAACCCCCACAGCUACACCCGUCCUUAUCCAGACAUCAACAGCUAAUUAUAGAGAUAUACGUAUGCAGAUACAUAUGCGCACACCUAUGAAAAUUCCAUAUAUAAUACGUAUACAGACACACAAAUGUAGAUGUCUCUUUGUGUAUAUAGACAUAUGUAUCUAUGUGGCAUAUGUAUAUCACUUAUGGAGAUAUAGAGACGUGUACAUAUCGAUGUAAAUAUAUUGAUAUGGCUACAUA